CAAUGGGGGCGUGGGCUAGGCUGCUAGUUGGUUUGGACGUGUGGCUUGUCACUGUCACCUCUCCUCACUGCGACUCUCCUCGGAACCAGAACCGAAUCACACAAACGCACGUCGACUUCGUCGCACGUUGGUUUGGGCCCCAGUUUCACCAAGCAGCACCGUCAUGUCUCUGUCCAACGACCCCAACUACAAGCGGCUGGAGGAGUGGUACCGAGAUCAGUCCGGAAGUCUGAAGAUGAGGGAGAUGUUCGCUGCAGACCCGGAGAGGUUUCGCAAGUUCAGUGUGAAGGUCGAGACGAGCGAUGGCGACAUUCUGCUGGACUAUUCCAAAAACCUCAUCACCCAGGAAGUCAUGGCCAUGCUGAUUGCCAUGGCUGAGUCCAGAGGUGUGAAGGAGGCCCGCGAGAAGAUGUUCUCUGGAGACAAGAUCAACUUCACCGAGGGUCGUGCUGUGCUCCACGUGGCGCUGCGUAAUCGCUCCGACGCUCCCGUCCACGUCGACGGCAAGGACGUCAUGCCGGAAGUCAACCGUGUGCUGGACAAAAUGAAAGCCUUCUCACAGAAAGUCCGCAGUGGUGAAUGGAAGGGCUUCACUGGGAAGAGCAUCACCGACGUAGUCAAUAUCGGCAUCGGCGGGUCUGACCUGGGUCCGCUGAUGGUGACUGAAGCCCUGAAACCAUACUCAGCGGGCGGCCCAAACGUGUGGUUCGUGUCCAACAUCGACGGGACUCACCUGGCCAAAACGCUGGCUCAGCUUAAUGCCGAGACCACGCUCUUCAUUGUCGCUUCCAAGACCUUCACCACGCAAGAGACCAUCACCAACGCAGAGUCGGCCAGGGAAUGGUUCCUCAGUGCCGCCAAAAAUAAAAGUGCCGUCGCCAAACACUUUGUGGCUCUUUCCACCAAUGCAGCUAAAGUCAAAGACUUCGGGAUCGACACGGAGAACAUGUUUGAAUUCUGGGACUGGGUCGGAGGUCGUUACUCUCUGUGGUCAGCCAUCGGUCUUUCCAUUGCGCUGCACAUCGGAUUUGAAGGCUUCCAGCAGCUGCUAAGUGGCGCUCACUGGAUGGACAACCACUUCCGCAAUGCUCCUUUCGACCAGAACCUGCCCGUCCUGCUGGCGCUUCUGGGAGUCUGGUACAUCAACUUCUUCCAGGCCGAGACGCACGCCAUGCUACCCUAUGAUCAGUACAUGCACCGCUUUGCUGCCUACUUCCAGCAGGGAGACAUGGAGUCCAACGGAAAGUACAUCAGCAAAGAAGGAACACGGGUCAGCUACCACACUGGACCCAUUGUGUGGGGCGAGCCUGGGACCAAUGGCCAGCACGCCUUUUACCAGCUUAUUCACCAAGGUACUCGUAUGAUUCCUGCUGACUUCCUCAUUCCUGCUCAGUCUCAGCAUCCAAUCAGGAACAAUCUUCACCACAAGAUCCUUGCAGCCAACUUCCUGGCCCAGACGGAGGCUUUGAUGAAGGGAAAAACAUCGGAGGAGGCUCGGAAGGAGCUGGAGUCCAGCGGCUUGUCGGGCACCGCUCUGGAGAAUCUUCUUCCUCACAAAGUGUUUGAAGGGAACAAGCCGAGCAACUCCAUCGUGUUCAAGAAGUUGACUCCGUUCAUGCUGGGAGCACUUAUUGCCAUGUACGAGCACAAAAUCUUUGUGCAGGGCGUCAUGUGGGGCAUCAACAGCUACGACCAGUGGGGUGUGGAGCUGGGGAAGCAACUGGCCAAGAAGAUCGAACCAGAGCUCAAAGGUGACUCUGAAGUCCACUCUCACGACUCCUCAACCAACGGCCUCAUCAACUUCCUCAAGAAGAACUUUGCUUAAAUCCUUCCACAGAAAACAUUCCUUGACAUUCCCUGCUGCGGCGUCCUCAUUGUGUGAAUCUUUGUCCUCCCCCCACAACCCAAUCUUCCUUUGGCACAUCACUUUGUGUAGUCCAGUUUCACGUGCACACGUUACUGUAGUCCACUUUUCACAAUAAAAGUUGGCAGUCUGUGA